GGCAGAGAAGGAGAGCAGUUUGCAAGAAACACUGAAAGAUACAGCGACGGGAUCUACCAAGCCACUAAAAUGAGUAAAAGGAAGAAGGCACAAAUUCCAGAAGAGAACAAGGAACAUGGCCUAUCCAAAGCAAACAAGUGCCUUAGGAGGAAGCUUACAGAAGGGAAUGAUCCAGAAAUGCCAGUACAGAAUUUUCAUUCUGACAAUUCUUCCACAAAAGUAAUUGUAUCAGGAACAAUUCAAGAAUGUCAAAGAAAUAGCCUAGCAAACAUGAACCCAGAAAAAUUGACAGCAGACCUGGAUACAAGCAAGGCUUCAUUUGAGAGGAAAGAGCAAGAUAAUAUGAAGGUUUUUGUACCUCUGUCUCAGGGAGGAAAGUUGGUACCAAAGUUUACAAAGCCAAGAAAAACAUUGGCUGAAAAACAUGAAGGAAAUUUUGGAGGAGCUGUAACAACUGGGACAGAAAAGGGUGAUUGUAUGGAUAGAAAUGUUACCAGCACAGCAAACAAUUAUGUCGAGAACACAGUUGUUUCUUCAGACUGUGUUGUUUCUUCAGAAGCAGCUGAUUCAUUGGUGACAAAAGUGAAGGAUGCUGGAGAUCAAGUGAUCAUUCAUUGUGAAGAAUUAAAUAAAAGACUGGAUGUUAAAAUGCAAGAUGAAGACAACAUUAGAAGGAUAAACAAUGGUGGUGCAAACUCAGGCUUAGCUGAUUCCUGUCAAGGAACAGAAACAACAUCCAAUUUACAAGAAAGUAUCUGUGAAAAGGAAGUGUCAAGUAAUAAGGAUGUAGAUGGUCUGUCUCUAGAGCCAUUUAAAUGCCAAUUUGUUAAGGAGAUAAGCAUUAGUAUGUUGGCAGAGGACAGUGUCACUGACCAUAUUAAAAGUACCCCACAUGAAGAGCAUCUUGAUACUUCAAACAUGAGUAUGGAUAAAAAUAAAGCUUUCCAUGAUAUCACAAAUUCAUAUGAUGUAAAUGAAGCAAACGGGACCAAAAAUAGAAAUUGUAAAGAUGCAAGUCUUGUUGAGUGCAUGUUCAGCCAAACCCAAAAUGAGAACAACAGAACACAUUUCCCACUGGAGAAAGAUCUGUCAUUUCUCCCACCUGGAGAACAGAGCAAACAUCUAAAUACAAGCAGUGUUUCUAGAGAUGGAGAUACUGAUGUCAAAAAAGCAGACCAGGGCCUUCCAUAUAGAAGGGGGGAAACUGAAGAGCAAAAUGUCAUUUGCAGCAGUACUGAAAUUUCAGAAUAUCAAGUCACUUUGUGCAGCUCUACAAUGAGUGAAAAUGGGACAGACAAGCAGAACCUGUGGUCAAGUGGCAAACCUGUAGAGCAAAAUGGUAUGAGUAAAACUGCAAGUCAAAGCAACCCUUGUGCGGAAGAGACCAUAGUUGCAGAGCAAAACAGUGUACAAGGUCAGAAUACUUCUAGCAAAGACGUUCUAGAUAUUCAAUCUAUGAGUAUUUAUUUGGAAAAGAAAGCAGAUCUUUCUGAAUCAAAAUGUGCACAGGUUUUUGAAACAAGUGAUGUGUUAUUGCCACAGCCUAAUGGAGAUGUUCACCCUGAGAGCAACACAAUCUCAGUGCAAGCAGUGAUUUGCAGCGAAGAGACGGGGAGGAAUAAAAAAGAAUCUGAAAUGAAAGCAAGGCCAGCAAAAAGCACCACUGGCUUGCCUGACCCAGAAGUUCCAGUAUUACAGACCCAAAAUAAAAGUGGUAGUGAGAGAUUGGUGUCUGAUACAAAACAGUCUGAAUUCAACAGAUGUGAUUUGGAACCAGUUGAAAUUAGGGAAGUGCUGUCAGGUAUUUCCCAGCAAAAUUUGACUGAGACUGCCAAGGCAGAAACAAACCCAACAGAAAACUCUUCUGCUGACAUCUAUAUGGAGGGGAAAGAAGAAAUGGUAACCCAUGAGGACAACAAGAACAAACCUGCCCAUGAGGAAAAUGGCCUCUCCUCAGUCAAGGUUCUUCCAGCACCAUUGAUGGUGGGCGAUCCUGGUAGAGAAAUGAAUGCUGGGUCCGAAAUGCAGAAGUCUCUCCUUGUAUUAAGUACAGGUUGCAGCAGAAAUGUAGCAAGCGGCCUUGAUACUAUGACCCAAACAUGCUCUCCUUGCGCAGAUCCCCUUUCUCUGGAUAUGGAAAUUCUGUCUAACAGUCAGCUACUGGGCAUCUUUGAAUUUCCACCACACAAGACAUCCUUUCUGGAUAAUCCACAUAGCCCUUCCAAGGAUAAAAGUGAUCAGUGUGCUGCAGGAGAACAAAGUGGAAUCAAAACACCAGUCCCAGCCAUUAAUCUGAUCUAUCCAAAUAGUUCCAGGAAUGAGGUGACUGAGGGGAUUUGUGAUCAAUACAAACAAGAAGAUGCAACAGAUGUUGUUUGUGGACUGAUUAAAGAGCUCUCUAAUCUCAACCGACUUAUCAUGAGCACACACAGAGACCUGGAUUCCUUCAAGAGACUGAAGUUCCGGAGAAACAGACAAUCUGUGAGCAAUGUGACAAGCACACUUUGUACAGUCAAAAAGAAGAGAGAGAUUUAGUUAGUGAAUUCUAUUCCUGCUUUGAAAGUUUGCUUUGUUAUGGUUUUCUUUAGCUGUUUUAUUUAGCAGUGGGGUCAUUUAUGCUUAUCUGCAUCAAAAUAGACUGCUAGAUGCAGAAUAAAAUUAAUAAAAUGAGUA